CACAAUUUUCCACUCGAUUGAUGGCCAUUUCGAAUUUCAGAACUGGUUAUCGUCAUGACAGGUCAAGCCUUGGAAGCCGCCAUCGUGGCGAAAGGCAACGAGAUCCGUCAAUUGAAGGGCGAGAAAAAGGACUUCCAAACGCAGCUUGGGGAGCUGAAGAAGCUCAAGGACGAGUUCAAGACGGCGACCGGCCAAGAGUACAAGGCCCCUGCGGCUGCCCCGAAGCCUGCCAAGGCUGCUGCGACGGACGCCGUUAAGGCGGACGGUGAAAAAUCCAAGAGUCAGUUGAAGAAGGAGAAGAAGCUGGCUGAAAAGGCUGCGGCUUCUGCGUCGGCCGCCCCCAAAGACAAGCCAGCGUCCAAGAAGCCUGCGAAACCGUCUGCGACCGCCAAACCCGUGGACGCCACGUCCGCCAUCCCGAGCGGCGCCAACUUGGUCAUGCGCCAAGCCAAGUAUGCCCAUCACACGUCUUUGCAUGGUGCGUCCAGCGGCCAAACCGUGACCCCAUGGGAAGUGGAGGCGGAAGGCGGCGUCGACUACGAGAAGCUCAUCGACACAUUUGGGUGCUCGACGCUAACCGAGGACCUUGUCGCGCGCGUCGAGCGGUUGACGGGGGUUCCAGCGCAUCGGUACCUCCGCCGCGGGUACUUCUUUGCCCACCGUGAGUUCAACGAGAUCCUCGACCUGUACGAGAACGGGCAAAAGUUCUACCUGUACACGGGCCGCGGCCCAUCUUCUGGGAGUUUGCACUUGGGCCAUCUGAUUCCGUUUACAUUUACAGCGUGGUUGCAGAAAGUGUUUGACGUGCCGCUCGUGAUCCAGCUCACGGACGAUGAAAAGUUCCUGUUCAAGGACCAGACCCUCGAAGAAAGCGAAGUGAUGGCGUGGGAGAACUCCAAGGACAUCAUCGCAUGCGGCUUCGACCCGGCCAAGACGUUCAUAUUUCGCAACGCCGACUACAUUGGCGCCAUGUACCCCGAGAUCCUCAAGAUCCAAAAAUGUGUCACGUACAAUCAAGUGCGCGGGAUCUUUGGGUUCUCUGGCAGUGACAAUAUUGGCAAGUCGGCGUUCCCCGCCGUCCAGGCGUGCCCGUCGUUCCCCCAGACGUUUCCGGUGCCGUUCUCGGGCCGGACGGACCUCCGAUGUUUGAUCCCCUGUGCGAUCGAUCAGGACCCGUACUUCCGCAUGACGCGGGAUGUCGCGCCCCGGAUAGGCUACCAGAAACCCACGCUUAUCUUUUCAAAGUUCUUUCCAGCGUUGCAAGGUAUAUAUAUGGUGGUCUAUAUGAUGAUAAUUGAUGAUAUGUGGUUGGGUGUGCAGGCGCGUCCACGAAAAUGAGCGGCAGCAACGCGUCGGCGACCAUCUACAUCUCGGACGCGGACGACGUUGUCGCCGACAAGAUCCGCCGCUUUGCGUUCAGCGGCGGCGGGGAAACCAAAGCCGACCAUGAAAAGUACGGCGCCAACCUGGACGUGGACAUCCCGUUCCAGUACCUGACGUUCAUGCUCGAAGACGAUGCCGAGCUCGCGCAUUUGGCCGAGGAAUACGGCAGCGGCCGCAUGAUGUCGGGGGUCGUCAAGGACCGAUUGAUCCAAGUGAUGACGGAAACCAACGCCGCCUUCCAGGCCAAGCGCGCCGCCAUCACGGACGACCAGAUCCGCGAGUUUAUGCGUGUCCGUCCACUCGAGUUCUAAAAGGGCGUCAUAUGUAACCGUCUUUUACAAAUACAUGCGCUUUGACCA